GCAAGAAGGCCGAUCGUUGGGGGUGGGGGUAAGGACUUUUCCCCUUCCCACGUUCCGACAGCCAUCGGAAUCUCGGAAUGCAACAGGUCAAGGUGCAUCGGGCCCACCUAAGCGACGCGACAGACACACCCAUGGACCAUCCCGUCGUUACCAUACACUCCUAAUACCAGCGCAUCUCGACAGUUUCAACGACUGGGAUCACCAAGUCCUUUUACAUCAGCAAAUACUUCCUCUAAGACAUAUCUCCCACCUGAAUAUCUCAAAAUGACCAAAUCCAUCCUCCUAAUAAACGGCCCAAACCUCAACCUUCUCGGGACACGUGAACCGACCAUUUACGGCUCAACAUCUCUCUCCGACGUAAUCACCUCCGCACGCAAACAAUGCACUGCGCAAUCCACAAACUUCUCACACGUCCAAUCGAACCACGAAGGCGUUCUUGUCGAUCGCAUCCAUGAAGCGCGCGGCAACGUUGACUUCAUCGUCAUAAAUCCAGGCGCCUUCACACAUACGAGCGUAGCGUUGCGAGAUGCGUUGGCUGGCGUGGAGAUCCCUUUUGUCGAGAUACAUAUCAGCAAUGUUCAUAAGAGGGAGGCAUUUAGACAUCACAGCUAUCUGAGUGAUAAGGCAGAGGCGGUUAUCUGUGGAUUGGGGGUUUUUGGGUAUGAGGCUGCUAUUGAGUUUGCGGUGAGGCAUCUUCGGGAGAAGGAUGAAAAGAGCGCGAAAUUGUAGAAAAUCACGCAUGAAGAUUUUUUGCGAUGUAAUAAUUGUUGGAU